AUGGCUCAGCAGGGCGCGACGCUGCAGAACUACAACAACGAGCUGGUCAAGUGCAUCGAGGACCUGCGCGAGAAGCGCGAGGAGGUGAACCGCGCCAUGCUCAAGGAGGAGGAGGAGAAGGCCAAGAUCCAGAAGGACCUGACCAUCCUCACCGACCGACUCAGCAAGAUCAACGAGGCGCUGGCCAGGAAAACGCAGGCGCGCAACGAGUACGACCGCACCAUCCAGGAGACAGAGGCCGCCUACAUGAAGAUCCUCGAGAGCUCGCAGACGCUGCUGCACGUGCUCAAGCGUGAGACCGUGCAGCUCACCAAGAAGAAGCAAACGUCGUCGUAG